AUAAUACAUUCUUCUAUCAUAUUUUGUUUUUCGUUUGUUUUAGUUGUCUGACAAUUUCAGCUUUAAUAAAGUAGAUAUACUUUUUAAACCCACUUAAUAUUUCGGGUAGUAUUUAGGCUUAAAUUUCUGCGUUUAUCAGGCUUACAGACUUUGUUUUGUUACGAUUGAACUAGUCUAGAUUUUUAUAUUUAUUCAAAUGAACGAGUCAAAUGAAGAAUGUUCUCCAUUUAAGGAUAGAAAAAAGAAAACCCAUAUGUCACUUAACGAUAAAAAACGACUGGCUAGAGAAAAAGCAGAGCAGUAUAAUAGUAAUGGUAGGCCCCUACGUCAAUAUCAUAUGCUUACUGCAGAAGAGGUGAAACAAGGGAAAGAAACUCAUUGGGAAGAAUUAGAAAUAAUUGGCUGUGUUAAAAAUAUAAGUCCAUCCUUAUGGCAAUUGACAUCCUUAACUGGUCUUUAUUUAAAUGAUAAUCAAUUAACACGCUUACCUCCUGAUAUUUCAAUGCUUGUAAAUUUACAAUAUCUCGAUUUAUCUGGAAAUAAAUUAAGGAGUUUACCUGCUGAACUUGGUGAACUAGUAUACCUAAGAGAGUUACAUUUAAGCUAUAAUAUGUUGAGAUCACUUCCACAAGAGUUGGGACGAUUGUUUCAAUUACAAGUUCUAGGCUUAGCUGGUAAUCCUUUAUGUCAAGAACUUUCAAAAAUUUAUAGUGAACCAAAUGGCACCCAUAGAUUACUCAUGUACUUAUUGGAUAGCUUACAAGUGAGAGUUCCUUUACCUCCGGGAAGACCGUGGAUACCUUUGUCUAGACCGAACAAAAAUAUACCAUCGUGUCCGGUAACGGUGAUGUGUUAUAACGUGUUGUGCGAAAAGUAUGCAACCACUCAAAUGUAUGGAUACUGUCCGUCUUGGGCAUUAACCUGGGAGUAUAGGAAGAAAGUAAUCUUAGGCGAAAUAAGACAUUAUACUGCAGACAUUAUUACACUUCAGGAAGUCGAAACGGAUCAAUUUUAUAACUUCUUUUUACCCGAAUUGAAGAAAGACGGUUAUGAUGGUAUAUUCUCGCCCAAGUCUAGAGCAAAGACCAUGUCAGAGAAUGACAAGAAACGAGUCGAUGGAUGCGCAAUAUUUUUCCGAGCAAUAAAAUUCACACUGAUCAAAGAACACCUUAUCGAAUUCAAUCAGCUAGCUAUGGCAAAUUCCAGUGGGUCUGAUGAUAUGUUAAAUCGAGUGAUGCCAAGAGAUAAUAUUGGUUUAGCUGCUUUAUUAAAAACCAACGAAACUGCAUGGGAAAAUUCAUUACCAUCAGAAGUUCAACAACCAAUACUAGUAUGCACAGCUCACAUUCAUUGGGAUCCAGAAUUUUGUGAUGUUAAGCUUAUUCAGAUAAUGAUGUUAGCUAGUGAAUUAAAUAAUAUUUUAGAAGACGCUAAUCGUAAUUAUCGUAAUGCUAAUCAACAGCAACCGCCUAUUCAAUUGUUGUUAUGUGGUGACUUUAAUUCUUUACCUGAUUCUGGAGUAAUAGAGUUUUUAUCAGCUGGUAAAGUUUCAUCUGAUCAUCAAGACUUUAAAGAUCUGCAAUAUAAGACACUUUUACAAAAAAUUUCUACUUGUGAUAGACCAAAUGAAUUCACUCAUUCUUUCAAGUUAUCUUCUGCUUAUGAAAAUAUUAUGCCAUUUACUAAUUACACAUUUAAUUUCAAGGGAAUCAUCGAUUAUAUUUUUUAUACUAGACAUACUAUGACACCACUUGGUUUACUUGGACCUUUAGCUCCUGAAUGGUUUAAAGAAAAUAAAGUACUGGGCUGUCCUCACCCACAUAUACCAUCAGAUCAUUUUCCGUUGCUAGUAGAAUUUGAAUUAUCACCAAAUGCUCAUCAAAAUAACUCGAAUGGAUUAAUAAGUCGAAGGUAGCCUUAUUAGUUUAAGAACAACAAUCAACAAAAUUAUUUUUAUAACGAACACACAAACAGUGUCCGUAAACAUAAUGUAUUUUACAUUUGAAAUUAUUAUUACUGUCAUUCUCUUUCUCAGUUAAUUAUUGGCCUAAAUAAUAUCAUUGCUAAAAAAAAAUAUAACCAUGACUUUUUCUUCUAUUUUAUUAGUUUAUUUUUUUAUUAAAACUAAAAAAAUAAAUAAGAAGAAGAUUUAUAGAUAAAAAAUUAUACAUUUAUGUGAAUUUUUAAUUUUAAUAUUAUGUAAUUUUUUGUCCUAACUUAUUUUAUGUACAUAAAAUAAAUUUUGUCUUUAUUUUAAUUAUUUUCUAUUGUACUAUAUCACAAACAAAUAAAAAAUUUUUUUACUUAUUUUUUACUAAAUGAUUAAUUAUUAAUCUAUAUAAUUAUUAAAUCUAAAUAAUAAUUUUUUAAACAUUUAUGAUCAUACCAAAUUAGCUUACUACUUUAUAACAUAAGAAAGUUUAUAGCAGUUUAUAAUAUUAAAUAUUAUUAAUUAUUUAUUAAAUUAAUAAAAUUAAAUUUAUUCUAACUAAAAAUAUCUCUAACAAACAUUGAAGAUUGUGACAUAAAUUUUCUUGUUAAGAACUUCUUUACAAUAAUGAUAGACAAAUCAUCAAUCAUAUAAUAUACUGUAUUAAUAUGUAUGUCUAGCAAAAAUAUACCUUAAGUUUACAAAAAUAACUGUUGUCAAUCCUGACUGCCAGUAUUAUUUAAUUUUACUAUAUUAUUAUAUAUUUUUUUUUUUU